AUGGGCCAGCAGCAGAAUGCAGGCUCUCAGAACUACUUCCAUCCUGUCGAGGUCCAGCAGCAGCAUGGGGCUUCGCUCCAAGAAAGCGGACCUUCUGUGGUUUAUUGCCAGCCCAAGCCCAUCACGUCUGGAGCUCGUAUCCCGCAGAGCCAGUCUUGCGGAAGCGUCCUCGGCAUGCUGAGCCCAGCCUCUUCUCGCUGUGCGGAUAGCAUUCGCGCCAACGGUAUUCCGUUCAGCCCUGCUAGCUCGAUCUCGGGCAACUUGACAGAGCCGCGAAGCUAUGCACCUCGAACUCCUGGGCAGCAGGAAGUCGGUAACGAUCCUCCGCCCAAGUUUGACCCAACUGGCAUCGUCAACGGACAGCAGCAGCAGAAUGGUCCGCAUCCUCAGAUCCAUGCUGUAACGGCAAAUCAGGUCAUGGCCCAUGCUUGCCCGGGCGCGGAGGCGUCUUGGCCGGCGGCAAUGCCUGCGAUGAACGCCAUCGGGGCGACUCGAUCGACGGAGCUCAUGAGGCUGACCAACACGCCGACUGGUCUGCCUCUCUUGGCCACUGCCAUGGCCCCAAACAACUUUCCGUUCAUUGAGGCUCCGCGCAUGGCAAAUUCUUUCAACCAUGGCGUCGUCAAGCUCAAGAAUAUUCCGUUUUCCACUCGACGCUCUGAGGUAAUUGCAUUUCUUGGACGCAACUCCAAGAUCUUGAAUGACUCGGACGAGCCUGUGCAUAUCAUCAUGGAGCGAGUCACCAGCAAGACAAUGGACGCCUAUGUCGAGUUUGUGAGCCUUGAGGAGGCCAUGAAGGCUGUCGAAAAGCACCGCCAUAACCUGCAGAACGGUCGAGUCACCCGCCUCGGGGAUCGCCCCGUCGAGGUGGAGCUUUCGAGCCAGGCGAGCCUCAUGAAGGACUUGUUCCCACUUGCUCGCGGCCUCAUCUGGGACGGCGUGACGCCCCAGUUCAAGCCGUACAACCACCAGUUUGCGUGGGAGAACUUCCGGGGCUUCAUUUCCGAGGAGGAAAUGGUCAUGCUCAUCAAGCAUGUCGAGGUUCCGCACCGAUCGCCUUACUCCAAGGACUGCCCGCAGAGACCCUACGAGUGCUUGAUCAGCACGCUCAAAAAGUUUCCGUGGUACGCGACCGACUGCGUCACCAUCAGCCAGCGCCACGCCGUGUACAUUGGCACCGAGCGGCUCCUCUCUGUGCUCUCGGACAAGGUGAGUCGCGGCGUCGACCCCGUCAACCUCGGGGCGCAGCUGCAGACGCGGAUGGUCAACGCGGCGCUGGCGUGCCCCGGCUUCACGCCGUUGAUGAAGGACAACAUCUCGUGGCUGCUCAACAUCUCAGAAGCGGACCAGCGCUUCUUUGGGCAGCCGCUGCAUGCUCAUUUGUGGCGCCACCAGUACUCGCUGGCGCCCAAGCCGGGCAUCCCGCUUGAUGUCAUCGAGUGGUACGUUUCCGUCAUUCGCGAGCAGACGAGCCGCGAUAUGCUUGGCCUUUCGCACUCGAGCCGAACAGACCUGCAGGAAAAGGGCCAGCAGACGGACAUGCACUGGGGGUAUUUCUGGGCCGAGCUGGGCCACAGCUUCGGGCCGCAGUUUGACCAGAUGACGCUGGCCCAGGUUGCCCACGCCGAGUUCUCGGCCGUGGAGCGCAUCCUCUCGCGAGCCUUGCCCCAUGCCUGA